AGUGGUUUCCCGUGUGAAUUUGGGCAGCUGACCGCCAUUGGAGUUGGUGUUGGGUGUUCGAGGCUUGGGUUUGGUUGAUAGGCGGAGCGGAGUGGAGGUAUAGCGAGAGGAGGGGCAGUAGUUGGGAUUGUUCGGGAGCAGUUGCCAGGAUGAAGGUGAAGAUGCGGCAGAAGAGAGGGAUGGUGGCCAUCGCUGGAGCAGCAGCAGGGGUUGCUGUUCUCGCCAAACUUUUGCUCGGGCAUUUCAAAGGCGGUUCGAAUGAGCCCAUAGAUGGCAUACAAGUUCGUUUCAAUUACAGUGCCUCAGAGAUUCUUAAGCAAGCAGAUGAAGUGAUUGGAAUGUCGAAGAAGGUUUACGAUCAGGUUGCUGCAGUGCCCAUUGAUGAGGUGUCAUAUGAAAGCGUCAUCGCUCCACUGGCAAACCUUGAAGCUGUGGAGUUUCCUCUUGUGCAAAGCUGUGUUUUUCCUGGGCUUGUAGCUGUCUCGAAAGAUGUGCGCGACGCAAGUGCUGAGGCAGAGAUAAGGAUAGACGCGCACAAUGUAAAGUCUAGCAUGCGAGAGGAUGUAUAUCGAGUAGUGAAAGCCUUUGCUGAAAAAGAUGAACCUUUAGGCACCGAAGCUCAACGUUAUGUUGACCGAUUGGUUAGAGACUUUGAGAGGCUUGGUUUGAACCUCAACAAGGAGACUAGAUCUGAACUUGAGUUUCUUAACACUCAAAUUGGAGAGCUUUGUAUAGUCUUUCAGCAAAAUGUCAAUGAAGAGAAUCAGCUUCUCUACUUCAACGAAAAUGAACUGGCAGGAGUGCCAACUGAUUUUUUGAAGGACCUGAAGCGAUCAAAGGAUGGCAAGCUGGAAGUGAGUUUGAAGUAUCAUCACUACUUUCCCAUCAUGGAGAGGUGCAAGGUUGGUUCAACAAGGAGGACCCUGGGAAUCGCGUAUGAUCAAAGAUGCAUACGGGAGAACGUUCCAAUUCUUGAGAAAGUGUUGUCCUUGAGGCAUACAGUGGCCCAAAUUUUAGGCUACGAAAAUCAUGCAGAGUAUGCCACUGCACUUCGGAUGGCUAAGUCUCCCGAAAAAGUGAAGGAUUUUCUGGAGAGUGUCUCAACAAGAAUGUCAGGUGUGGCUAGGAAGGAGCUCAAAAGGUUGAGGGCCAUGAAGAGUGAAGAGGAGGGGAAUGACGUGUUUAGUAUGUAUGAUUUGAGAUAUUACAUCAACAAAGCGGAAGAAGCUGAGUUCAAAGUCGACUUUGAACAGAUAAAGCAAUAUUUCCCUAUUGAGGUCGUCACGCAAGGCCUUUUGAAAAUCUACCAGGAUUUAUUAGGUUUAAGGUUCAAAGAAGUCCACAGACCCCAAGUUUGGCACCAAGAAGUGCAACAAUUCGCUGUUUUUGAUGCGGAGACUGGAGAGCGGAUGGGCUUCUUUUACCUCGAUCUAUUCCCCAGAAAUGGAAAAUAUGCACAUACCUGUGUUUGUUCUCUUCAGACCGGUUGUGUUCAAGGGGAUGGAUCACGACAGUUGCCAGUAGCUGCCAUGUUAGCCAACUUUACGAAACCAACAAGGGAGAAGCCGUCGUUACUAAGCCACGCAGAGGUUGUAACAUAUUUCCACGAAUUUGGGCAUGUGAUGCAUCAUAUUUGCAGCCGGCCAUCCUUUGCAAGGUUCUCUGGUCUCCGUGUUGAAGAUGAUUUUGUGGAAGCUCCGAGUCAAAUGCUCGAGAACUGGUGCUUUGAGAGCUCCUCUUUGAAGUUAAUGAGUGGCUACUACAAGGAUACCAGGCAACCGAUACCCAAUGAUAUCUGCCAAGCUCUCAUGAGAAAGAGACGAUCCUAUGCUGGAAUUCUGACUAAACGUCAGUUACUUUUUGGACUCUUUGAUCAGUUGGUACAUACGUCUCCCAAAGUAGACACAACCAGUCUUUUGAAGAAGUUACAUCCAGAGGUGAUGGAGGGUAUACAAAUGGCCGAUGGAACGAAUUUUGGAGCUUCCUUCAGUCAUAUAGUUGGUGGUUUUGACGCAGCAUACUAUGGAUACUUGUGGAGUGAGGUCUUCUCAGCGGACAUGUUUGCCUCAAAGUUCAAGUGGAAUGUGCUCAGCAGAGCAACAGGGAGGGAAUACCGUGAAAAGGUUUUGAGACCAGGCGCUUGCAAAGACGGACUAGAUAUUUUGGAGGAAUUCCUAGGGAGGGAACCCACUGAAGAGGCGUUUUUGAGGAGCAAAGGUGUUUUGUGACCGAAGAAACACUGGGUUGAACUCCACAAAGCUAAAUGAACCUUAGGUUUAGGUUCCCAGGAGAGAAGAUUAAUCAGAUUGUAGGCUCCUUAGUUAGCUAACUUCACGUCUCUAGACAUAGGAUGUAGUUUAUACUGAACCGGCACAAAACGAGGCUGUAACCGAGGUUUGUUUCAUGAACACUGGAAAGUAGUCCCGGAGUAUUGAGUCUUUUGUAUAUGCUCCGUUGUUCCGAAGAUGGUUGCAAGUUGCCAGAGUCACUUGUGAAUGACUCGCCUUUUUCUUCUUGGAAUCAAGUUCAGAACAGAGUACUUUCAGGUUCAACGGAUGAUGGUUUCAACACCAAAUUAUUAUUUCUAGUCUUAUUCUGUCAAUGCAGUAUGGUGCGAUAUGCAGGAAUUUCGUUUGGUGCAGGAUGUAAGGUUAAUCACAUUAUCAACAGAUGAAAAGUGGGACCAUUUUGC